UUUAUUUCUGUUUGUUAUAUGAUAUCCAAGUUCGAAUGGGGGGGAGCUCACCAUGGCGGCUUACGGGUUUUUAUGGGAACCCUAGACGUGAUCUUCGUUCGAGUUCAUGGACCCUUUUACGGACAUUGAAGACUCGAUCCCCCCUGCCUUGGGUGGUCAUUGGUGAUUUUAAUGAUCUCUGUGCAGCCUCAGAAAAAAGAGGGGGGAGGGCUCAUCCUCUCUCGUUAAUGGCAGAAUUUUGUUCGGCACUUGAUGACUGUGGCUUGAUGGAUCUCGGUAUGUGUGGUUAUCCCUUUACUUGGGAGAGGGGUCGUGGUUCAGACCACUGUAUUGAAGAGAGACUUGAUCGUGCAGUGGGUUCAGCUGAUUGGAUGAGACUUCAUGUGGAGGCUCGUGUUUACAAUGUGGAUAUGCGUAGGAGUGAUCAUUCUGCCCUCUUUUUGAGUUUGUCGAAGGUGACUCGUCGUCCUCGGAUCCGAAGGUUCAUGUUUGAAAAUGCAUGGCUUAAGGAUGCAGGGUGUAAGGAUGUUAUAAAAAGUGCCUGGGAGUCUUCUAGCUCACUGUCAUUGCCUGCACGACUUGAACAUUGCGGUAAAGAGUUGGCAGCCUGGGGUGGAGACCGUUAUCACCUUUUCGGUAAGAAGAUCAAAGAUUUAAAGGCGGUGGUGACUCGACUUAGAAACAAGAGAGGCACCAGUCACCUUCGAGAGCUUCGUGAAGCCGAUUCUGCGUUGACCAAAUUGCUAGAUCAAGAGGAUGCGUUUUGGCGCCAACGGGCUAAGCAACACUGGCUUAGGUCCAUUGACGCAAACACCAGGAUGCUGAGCGUCGGGGUGUGCUUCAUGGUAUUCAUGUUUGUCGGGGUGUGCUUCAUGAAAGUACCUUGGCUUACCCUCUUUUCUGGGUCGGAACAAGACCGAGGGAAGGAUGUCUUACUCAAGACUGUGGCUCAAGCUAUGCCUCAAUUUGCGAUGAGUGUGUUUUUGCUCCCCAAGUCCAUGUGCUCUAACAUGGAGCGGUUGAUGAAUGCUUUCUGGUGGCACGGGAGAGGAAACUCGGACAGGGGUAUUAAUUGGCUCUCUUGGGAGCGUAUGGCGGUCCCUAAAAAAUUUGGGGGUCUUGGUUUUAAACAUCUCCUCGGGUUCAAUAUUGCUAUGUUGGGAAAGCAAGGCUGGAGAUUACUCACUCAACCUGAUGUUUUGGUGUCUCGGGUCUUCAAAGCAAGGUACUUUCCCACCACUUCUUUUCUUGAGGCUAAGUUGGGGGGUACGCCUAGUUACUGUUGGCGAAGCAUUUUGGCUGCCCAACCCCUUAUUAAGGCAGGGGCCCGUCGUAGAAUUGGCAAUGGUUCUGACACUCUCGUUUGGGACAGUCCGUGGCUUCCAGACGGUGCUGAUCCACAGGUGUGCUCGGAUCUGACAACCCAUUGGCCUAAUUUCCCAGUUUCUUUUCUUAUCAACAGAGAGAGCGGUGUCUGGAACUUGGAGCUACUGCAUCAGAUCUUCGGCCAAAGGGACAUUGAAUUGAUCCUUAAAAUUACUCCAGAUAUCAAUAGAGGUGACCGGUGGUUUUGGGCUGGGCAGUCUCAUGGACAGUACACAGUGAAGGAUGCCUAUCGUAAUUUCAUGGGUGAGGCAGAUUUUGUACUUGGUUUCUCAAACUGGGGACGGCUUUGGAAGAUCUCGGUGGCCAUGAAGGUGAAGGUUUGCUUAUGGCGUGCUCUUCGAGGUAUUCUCCCAACCAUCUCGGCUCUAAAUUCUAAAGGAUUGAACCUUGAUAAUUCUUGUCCGGUGUGUGGCCAGACCGGGGAGUCACUUGAACAUGUCUUUCUCCAGUGCCGAUUAGCAGAUAGAGUGUGGAGGAGUCUGCAUAUUGGAGGAGACAGAAAUCUAACUUUUGGGGCAUGGUUCCAACGGCAGUGUGAGAUUUGUUCACUUGAAGGGCUACAGGUUGUGGCAUGGACUAUUUGGGCGCUCUGGAAAACUCGAAAUACCGCUGUCUGGGAGCAGCGUGUGGUUAUGCCGCAGGCUGUGGUUCGGAUGAUUCACUCCAUGGUGGCAGGAUGGAGAAAU